GGUGCCAUGCAUAUAGCGGGAGCAAUUGGUAGGGGGACAUUUCAGCCCGUGCUUUUCCCCACCAACCAUCUCCCCUAUCCCCCUCGCCCCGCCGCCGUCCAAGAUUCCGGCGAAAGUGGUCGGCGGGAGCACGCCGAAAGGUCUCCACACGCACGAGGUUGCCCUCCGCCUCCCUCCCCUCCCCCUCCUCCUCCGUCCGCGGGCCGGGACCUUGCGGAUCUGCGGCCCUUCAUCGCGGGCUGCCGGAUUUGGCUUUCCCGGCCACCGACGGCUGCGUCAAGCUAUGGAAUGGUCGGGUUGCACCUCGUGCAGCCCCGGCAAAGGCUCAUCGGCGCAUGCAGGUGCGGGUUCGUCCGCUCGCCGCCGCUGAGGGUUUGCCGGCAUGGAUUCGGCCGGCCGACCGCCGGGCUCGGUCCUCGCGCAGAGGCUCUGUGGCUCGCCGAUGCCGCUCGUACAGUGCGACGACUGCCCGCGGACAGUGCUGCGGCUGACUUCGGGCACGCCGAAGCACCCCGGAUGGGUGUUCUUCAAAUGCGAAAACGACGGGGAAGAUGGAUGCUCAUUUUGGUUUUGGGAAGGUGAAUACAUUGAUUUGUUGAUAGAAAGAAAAUUGAUAGAUGUUCGUGCACUCCUUAGUACAAUCGGAGGCAAUGAAGCGCAUGCAUGUGCAACUAAAGGGGAAGCAACGUCUACUUCUUUAGAACCAAAGAAGAAUAAUGAAGAAUGCAUGAUCAAGAAUCCGCAGAUCAACAAUGAGUGCAUGGAGAAGAUAUUGCUUCAACUAGUGGGAGCAGUUAUGGAAGUUAGAAAUCUUCUAAAAUGCAUACUUGUGGUUCUUGUUUUCUUUGGUCCUACUUUUCUAGCAAAGAUUUGGUGAUGUCCUAUGUAUCCAAUGUGGUUGAAAAUGCAAAGAAAUGCA